CAACCUUGUCAUGGGAUCGGGGUUUCUGGCACUACCGGCGGCGUUUGUGGCGACGGGAAUGUUUCUUGGCGUCGCCGUGUUGUUCGCGUGCAUGGGGCUAUUGAGGAUGACGGCCAUGUACGAGGUGGAGACGAUGUGCCGGGCAGAGGCAUGGAUGAAGGCCAACUUGGUUCCUCUCGUCCACAAGCAGAGGGCUAGGGAGGGAGCGGAGUCGGAGAUGCACCUGAGCUCCCACGCCUUUCAGAUGACAGAGAUGUGCGAGUUGUUCGGCGGACGCAUGCUGCAGGAUAUCAAGCGAGCCUUCAACUUCAUGCUGUUCCUGUACAUGUUCUGCGCCCUAUGGGGCUACGGCGCCGUGUUUGGCGAGGCACUCGCUACCUACGCGCCGGUACCGUUCCUAGGACCGGUCGGCGCCUACCGCAUGUACGUGGUCCUGUUUGGGAUGGUGGUGGUGCCCAUGUCGACGCUGGAAAUCAAGGAGCAGGCGACGUUUCAGGUCGUCUUGACCAUCAUGCGCUUCAUGGCGUUGGUGGUGAUGGUCGGGACUAUCUUGACCUCCCUGUACACAGGUGGAGAGCCCUUCGGCCCAGGGACGGAGGAACUCGUAGGCACGACGCCGUUAGCCACUUGGCGAGGGAUUUUUAAGGCCGUCCCCGCUGGCAUCUUCGCGCUGUCGCUGGCUGCCACGACACCGACCAUUGUGUCCGGCCUGGAACAAAAGCAUUCCGUCGGGAACGUGGUGUGGACAGCUAUGAUCAGCGCGGCUGUAACCUACACAGGCAUCUCAUUAGCCACGGCGUACUACUUCGGCGCGAGCGUGAACGGCAGCUGCAACGUGAACUGGGCCAACUACUCCCCCGAGGGCGAUGGUCCUGUCGGGUCGCUGCUGGCCACUUCAGGCCGCAUGAUGGCCUACUUUGUGGUGCUGUUUCCCGCCAUGGACGUUACCAGCGUGUACCCUCUCAAUGUCAUGGUGGUCGCGAAUAACAUGAUGGCGGCGGUGUACAACGACCAUGUGGACAACGCAGAAAACGACUCGGUGAUCGUCACGACCUUUAGGGGUGAAGCUGAUGUGGUACCUUUCAUUGACGGCUGCUUGACGGUGAUGAUCGCGUUCGUCUUCCCGGCGUACGUCAACCUCCUCUCCAAGAGAAUGUGCGAGGAGCGGUUCGGGGCGAGUAAAACGCCCUUCACUGGGGCCAUAACGUCGUCAACCCCUGCCCUGUACGCCUGCAUUGGUUUCGGGCUGCUGUUGUUCGUGUGCUUGAUAGGCGACGAUAUUGCGACGAUCCUAUCGUCCGAGUAGUUGUUCCUCCCUCAAGCUCGAAG